UAUAUCCUUUAUCAAAAAAUUUUAAAAUGUUUAAUAUUCCAUAUAUUCCUAUCCUCAUUCCACAGAAUAAUUACAAAAAGGAAUUUUUAAAUUUAUUAAAAUACCUUAAACCUGAAUGGCUAGAAGAUAGCAUUAUAUUCGAAUAUUUUAACAAAGGCACAACGAACACCAUAAUUAGCGCCUCUCUCCAGCCAUUAUCCCAUUCGGCAAUACCCACUAAUUGCAAUUUAACUCCCGCAUCAAAUCCUAACAAUAACGGCUCUCAAUCGCACAAUCACAUUACAAACCUCGAAAAUCAGCAUACUCAACGAUACUCAGAAAAUAUUAGCCAAAAUAGUGUAGUUAAUCAAGAUAUCCUUCUGAUUCGCAUAUACGGCCACAAAACUGAGGUUAUAAUCGAUAGGGAAAAGGAAAUUGAAAACAUGGUAGCUAUGUGGAGCAUAGGUUGUGGUUCCGAACUUUAUUGUACUUUUAUGAACGGUUUAUGCUAUGGCUACGCUAAGGGCCACGCAAUCUCGAUCAAAACUAUAACUGACCCUAUUAUAUAUCCCAUUAUUGCCGGUAAAUUGGUUCGAAUGCAUUUCGCCUUUCCUAACCAACCAUCUAAGCCGACGGUGAAGUUGGUUCCCGUAGAUAUAGGAAACUACGAAAAAUCGCAAGCUAUAUUGGCCGGAAAUGAUGAAAAGAAGGAAUGCGUUGAUAAUUCGCUUUGUUUUUUAAUCGUGGACAAAUUCCAAAAUAAUAUAAAGAAAAUCGAUAAAACUGGGGAAAAAUUACUCGAUUAUCCUAUUGCUUGCUAUUUUCCAACGAUUAGAAAAUGGGCUUCACUUAUACUGCCACUUCUGGAUGAAAAAAAUAUAGUUAAUCGAUUUGAUUAUAAAAAUAAUUCCGGUAAAAGUUAUGUUAGCUCGAUAAAAGAUUGCGGAAAUAAAAGGUCUCUAUUACUAUCGCAACUUCCCGUUGAUCCCUGGGAAGAAAUAGACUAUUUAGAAAAGGUUCUCUUGCCUAUGAAUUCCCCAAUCGUAUUCUGUCAUAACGAUUUGCUCUUAGACAACAUCAUUUAUGACUAUCACAAAGGUAACAUGUCAUUUAUCGAUUUUGAGUACGCCGAUUUCAAUUACCAAGCUUUCGAUAUAGCACAUUUUUUUUGCGAAUUCGCUGGAUUAGAAACAGUGGAUUAUAGCCUCUUUCCUAACUCGGCUUUCAGGCGCAAAUGGUUGGCCUUAUACCUAAACGAAUGGCAAAAAAUUCACCACAAAAUCGAUGCGAAUUAUACUUUAUUCCCGAAUCUCGACGAACUAAUGAAUCAAGUCGAUAAAUUUAUUCUGGCUCCUCAUUUAUUCUGGGGAGUCUGGGCUAUUCUCCAAUCCCAAGUUAGCGAUAAAUCAUUCGACUACUUUGCCUACGCGAAAAUAAGAUUGUCCGAAUAUUCGCGUUUAAAAUCUGACCCUUCCAUUUUAAAUUUAUAGCAAUUUAAUUGGUUGAUUCUCUCCAUUAGUUAGCUACUCCCAAAGAAAGAUAAUCAUAUUAAUUAAUGCUAUAAAUGUAACAAAUAAAUUAAAUCACGCUCCCUUUUAUAAAAAAAUGAUUGUGAUAAAAAAUAUUAUUUUCGACCGUUUUUAAAAUCAAAUUAUUUAAUCAUACUUAUUUUAAUGUUUGGUUACCCAUAUG